AUGAUGCUCUCCUGGAGCUGUCGUCGUCGCUCUGGGUAUCCUUGGCAAGCUCCUUGCUUGUCGAGAGCUGCGGUAAGGCGGGCCAGGGCGGGGCGGCACAGGUACGUAGCAGCCCAAGCACCCGGCUGGCUGGGUUACGUAAUACUCUUCAGCCCAGCAACCCCCUGUUUUUCGCAGCUGUGGCGGUGGGUGCAAUCCCUGUCGUUACCACUGACAACCCCGCGCCUUUCCUUUGCCUUCCACGCGCGCUCCACAACCUCCAAGCCAAGUGACGAAUCUCAAGGUUGCCUUGGGAGCCUUUGGUUACAGGGCAAAAGAUUUAGAAUUCGAAGCUUUCAGCUGUCUAUUCUGCAUUCGAAUUUGGACAGACUUUCCUCACAUACUUGCAAACGCCAGCAAUCCACCAGGAUGGCGACAGUCAACGUGGUUAUCAAGCACGGGCCCAAGAAGUACGAUGUCGAGGUCGAUACUACCGCUCCCGGCGAAGAGCUCAAGUACCAGCUCUUCAGUCUCACAGGUGUCGAACCCGACCGUCAAAAGAUCCUCGUCAAGGGUGGCCAGCUGAAGGAUGAUACCGACAUGAGCAAGCUGGGCCUCAAGCCCGGUCAGGUUAUCAUGAUGAUGGGAACGCCAGGAGAGGGCGGAGGUGCUAUCGUGCGCCCAACAGAGAAGGUCAAGUUCCUCGAGGACAUGACCGAGGCGGAGCAAGCGCAGCAAGCUGGAGCCACACCGGCCGGCCUUAUCAACCUGGGCAACACCUGUUAUUUGAAUUCGACACUUCAGGCUUUGCGCUCCAUCCCCGAACUUCAAGAGUCGCUCGAAAAGUACGAGUUCCGAAAUGCCGCGCCCAGUGGUUCGCAGCUCGGUCUCACCACCACCACGCCGGGAGCUGAUAUCACCUACCAGCUGAGGAAUCUGUUCAGAGAUAUGUCCAAAACUCAGGAAGGAAUGCCACCACUGGGCUUUUUGAGCGCCCUUCGCACCACGUUCCCACAGUUCGCCGAGAAGAGUAAGAAGGGGCCAGGCUACGCCCAACAAGACGCUGAGGAGGCCUGGUCGCAAAUUGUGUCUCAGUUGAACCAGAAGCUCCAGAUCAAGGAAGGCGGGGAAGGCUCUUCCGCCGAGGCCUCGUUCAUCAGCAAGUACAUGUGCGGAGAGCUGUCCAGCACACUCGAAUGCGACGACGCUGCCGCUGCCGAAGCGGGCGAGGAGCCGACCCAUUCCAAGGAUCAGUUCUUGAAGCUCAACUGCCAUAUCGACGGCCAGACGGCGCAUUUGAGGGAUGGCCUCGCCAACGGUCUCAAGGAGAAGAUAGAGAAGCGAUCAGAGGCUCUCGGGAGGGAUGUGACCUACACCAAGACCUCCAAGAUCUCUCGGUUACCCAAGUACCUCACAGUUCACUUUGUGCGCUUCUUCUGGAAGCGUGACGUCCAGAAGAAGGCCAAGAUCAUGCGCAAGGUGACCUUCCCGCACGAGCUGGACAUGGUCGAGUUCUGCACCGACGACUUGAGGAAGGCUCUUGUUCCAGUCCGUGACAAGGUUCGCGAGGUGCGCAAGGAGGAGGAGGAUGUCGAGCGGGCCCGUAAGCGUCGCAAGAGAAACCCCGUCGAGGACCAGACUCCCGAGGAGAAGAAGGAACAGGAGAAGAAGGAGAAGGGAAAGAAGCCGUCCACGUCGGCUGACGGUGACGUGGAGAUGGGCGAGAGUUUCAAGACUGAUGCCGAGUUCGAGGCCGAGAAAGACGCUGCGCUCCUCGCGGCCAAGAAGGAGCUCAACUCCCUCAUCGACCCCGAGCUGCGCAAAGACGACGGCGCCAAUCAGUCUGGCAUCUAUGAACUUCGCGGCGUCGUCACUCAUCAGGGUGCCAGUGCCGACAGCGGUCAUUACACGGCGUACAUCAAGAAGGUCGGGCCCAAGGAUCCUGUGACUGGAAAAGUCGGCCCUGAGGACGGCAAGUGGUGGUGGUUCAACGAUGACAAGGUUACCGAGGUGACGUCGGACAAGAUCGAUGCCCUUGCUGGAGGCGGCGAGUCCCACUCUGCGCUCAUCUGCCUUUACAAGGCCAUCCCCCUGCCCACCGCCGAGGGUGUCAUGGAGUAG